AUGAAUACCUUUGUUAGCAUUCUUCUUUUGGCGGCUGUUGUGGUUGCUGAACCACCUUCAUACAGACAGGAAAGGUUCAGGUCACAAAGACAAGAGGGCAGUCAAGGAGUUGAAGGAGACGCUCCUUAUCCACCAGCGGGUUACAGACCAGCUAAAGCAUUCGACCUUCCUACUCGCCAGGAGUUUUCGCCACCCGCCACCGUAUAUGGUAUCCCAGCUGACAGUUAUGGAGCACCGUUCAACACAUACUCUCCUCCUCAAGAGUAUGGCUCACCAAAAGAAGAAGAGAAGGAAAUAGAAAACGUAGAGGAAUCUAAAAAAGAGCAACAAAAGGAGAAUUUGGAAGUAGAACCUAAAAAGGAUGUUGAAGUGGUAAGCUCUAAGGGUGCCUAUUACGUAUUGUUGCCUGGAUCCCAGCUCCAACGAGUUCAGUUCCAAACCGAAAACGAUAUUCGCAAUAUGGCUUACACGGCUCGAUUACAGUACAAAAAUGAAGACCGUGCUCCAAUUUUCGUGUACACAUUGCCCCAAUAUCAGAGCGCUGCGUACGUGCAAUUGUUU